ACUUUCAAGUGAGAAAUCCCAGAUUAUCUUUGGAAUUUUCAUCGGUAGGGGAUCUUGCCUUAAUGUGUUGUCAACGUAAGACUUGUAAAUGUAUGGCUUGUGCUUGUAAAUCUAAGGCUUGUGAAUAUAAGACUGGUAAAUAUACGGCUUGUAAAUGUAUGACUUGUAAAUCUAAGGCUUGUAAAUGUACGGCUUGUAAAUGUAAGGCUUUUAAAUGUAAGGCUUGUAAAUGUAAGGCUAGUAAAUCUAAGGUUUUUAAUGUAAGGCUUGUAAAUAUAAAGCUUUUAAUGUACGGCUUGUAAAUGUAAGGCUUGUAAAUAUAUAACUUUUAAUGUACGGCUUGUAAAUGUAAGGCUUGUAAAUAUAUAACUUUUAAUGUACGGCUUGUAAAUGUAAGGCUUGUAAAUAUAUAACUUUUAAUGUACGGCUUGUAAAUGUAAGGCUUGUAAAUAUAUAACUUUUAAUGUACGGCUUGUAAAUGUAAGGCUUGUAAAUAUAUAACUUUUAAUGUACGGCUUGUAAAUGUAAGGCUUGUAAAUAUAUAACUUUUAAUGUACGGCUUGUAAAUGUAAGGCUUGUAAAUAUAUAACUUUUAAUGUACGGCUUGUAAAUGUAAGGCUUGUAAAUAUAUAACUUUUAAUGUACGGCUUGUAAAUGUAAGGCUUGUAAAUAUAUAACUUUUAAUGUACGGCUUAAAAAUGUAAGGCUGCAAAAGUAUGACUUGUAAAUCUAAGACUUGAAAAUUUAAGGCUUAUAAAUAUAUGGAUUGCAUAUGUAAAGAUUGCAAAUGUAAGGCUUGUAAAUGUAAGGUUUUUAAAUGUAAUGCUUUUAAAUGUAAGGCUUAUAAAUGUAAGGCUUGUAAAUGUAAGACUUGUAAAUGUAAGGCUUGCAAAUUUAAGGCUUCUUAAUGUAAGGCUUUUAAAUGUAAGGCUUGUAAAUGUAAGGCUUGUAAAUGUAAGGCAUGUAAAUGUAAGGCUUGUAGAUGUAAGGCUUUUAAAUGUUAGGCUUGUAAAUUUAAGGCUUUUAAAUGUAAGGAUUGUUAAUGUAGGGCUUUUAAAUGUAAGGCUUGUAAAUAUAAGGCUGGUAAAUGUAAGGCUUACGGUCUUGCCCUCUAGUCAACAGACCUUGAAACUCAUGAAAACUAACAUCAUUCAGUCUCUAAAAUUUAAAAUCCAUUGCAAUUACAUAGAUUUAUGGAUCUUUUAUGUUCGGUUUUUUUUAGUUCCAAGCUUAUAGCCAGUUGAGUUAUAUCUUUUUCUUCUUUAGAAAAAACAACAACUUAUACUCGUAAAUAAAGAUAGUUCUCAGAGAUAACGUUGAUUAAAAAAAAAAAAGAAAGACAAUUCCACUCUUUAAAUUAAAUGCAAAGAAUCAAAUCACCUAAUGAGAUGUUAUCAGUUUUCGGUUCCUCACAUUCUAUAUUUGGACAGAUAUGUACCAUAGAUAUUAAAGGAAGCCAGUGUCAGGGGCGGAAGCAAGGCCAGGAAUGCUACUGCGUGAUAGUCUCCGAGGAAGAGUACCGCCUUGUAGCCAACGUCACGGCGAAGCACGGGUACAGUCAAAACUACAUCCGCUUGUGGUGGCCAGACUCGCCCAAAGACCAAGCACACGGGCAACCGAGUAGUUCUGAUACUUUGCCUUUUAUUGAAUCCCAAAAAAGUAAGCAACAGGGAAACAUUAAACACAAUUUUAUUUAUAUUUUUCACUGGGCUGUGGUGUUGGGGGGAAAAACAUAGAUUAACUACUUCUUUGGGGGAGUGGGGAGUGUUUAUUAAAAUUUUAGUUCCAUGGCAUUUUUUUGCUGGGGCCGACCGAAUGUAGGUUUCGGUUUCGGCAUGGAAAGAUGCCAUUUUAUCACUUUCGGCGUAGAUUUGGUUUCGGAAACAACAGAAAAGUUAACUUUACGUUUAUUUUUUGUUUCGGGUGAAAAUGAUUAAGGCUUUCAGCCGUCUACCAGAAAACAGAGAGUGAGAGUUAUCUAUAAGAAGAAAUAUGUUUCACAGAAAUAAGAUAUGUCCUUUAAAUAUCAUCGCACUAAUCACAUUUCCUAUUAUGAUUCAUAAAAUCAUCGCCUUUUACUUCAGAUUAAUAUUUACACAAAUUGUCUCGUCACUUAUAAUGGCUGUUCAAGUCACAAAGUAUUGGUUUCCACAUGACGAAAUUAACCUCUCUGAUUGGCCACACUUUAUAAGUCUCAAAGCUCAGUAUAAUAUGCACUGGAAAAUUAACUAUAUAUCUGUCUCCCACUGGUGGUUCACAUCCGCAUUAACGUAGUUAAACGUAGCUCAACAUUCUUUAAAAUACAAUUUUUUUAAAUCUGGGUCAAAUCUCAUACUAUCUGAUAAAUGAUAAUUACGGAAAGACAAAAUACUUUGAUUGUCGAUCAAUAAGAAAGCGGGGUUCAACGAAAAUGUAUGGUUUAAUGGAAGAAAGAGUUCCUUCAAGGCUUAUGUCUGGACAUUUGAGUGCACCAUCCCAACUAACAAUAUAUAGGAUAAGCCUUCGAUCGAUACUAAAUAUGUCUUUGUAGCGAUGUAAUUAUAUUAUCAAAACAAAUCCCUCCCAAGGGUAUAUUUAGCAUGAAUUUAGCCCCCCCCCUCCCUUUUUAAAAAAAAUAAAAUAAUUCACUUAGCAUACUAUUUUACAAUUGAUUUUUAACAAUUUUAAACUAUUUUUUGCUUCAAAUGGCAAAAGCCAACGUAUUAUCAAAUGUUUAUCUAUUACAAUUCACGAUACUCUAUUGUUUUAUUUUAAAACAUAAUUAAAUAUCGAUACGUUUCCCUACUUUUAUACACGUUUGUUGAACGAAUGCGCGUACCAGUUUCAAUUUAUUUAAAUCUAUCAGUUUUUUGUUGAGAGUCUCGUUAAGAUUUUUGUCUUGGCUUCGCUUUUGGCCGAAAUCAGAAAAUCACCAACGUGUCAGUCGUAGGCUGCAGACUAGUGUUUGCGCGUGUGUCUUUUAAUAUCUUUGACAGCCGAGUUUCGUUUUUGUCCAAGGUCAUUAGGUCUUAUUAUUCUAUUGUUGGGUUUUGACUUGCAGACAUUUUCUUUUGAGACUAUUUGGUAUCAACAAUUUAUAUAGCGCACGAUGUAGGGGAGAACAUGGAGCCUGAACGCAGCCAUCCCCAUAUUUUAUGUUUUCCUAUUCCUUUGUGUCCCAUUCCAUGUUUACCUAUUCCAUUGUUUCCUAUUCCACUGUUUUCUAGUUCAUCGUUUCCGAUUCCAUUGUUUCAUAUUCCUUUGUGUCCUAUUCCAUUGUUUGCAAUUCAAUUGUUUCCUACUCAACUGUUUCCUAUUUUAUUGUUGCCUAUUCCAUUGUUUUCUGUUAAAGUAGGGCAUGAAAUAAAUUAAUGGAAGGAGAGCUGAUGUUCCAAGAAACAACAAAUUAAUAGGGAUUUUUUUUUAAAUAAUGAAUAUUUUUCUCUUUAAAUUUUAGUGUUUCUUUUUCCUCAUUUCCCUUGCUAACAGAUCCCGAUAAAAUAGUCCUACAGAUGAAUUACGAUCCCAUCAGUCAUGACAACUGCCUGCUGCACAUCAAGCAAGGCCGGAACUACACGUUCACGUUCUGCGCGCUGAAUCUCAAGCAACCGAU